AUGAAUGGUCUGGCUGCUGGCAUUGGGGACUUUGGCAUUCCUCGUUUUUCUGCAAAUGGCAAGCUUUUGGCUGCUUGUGGUGGUGGAUGUGGAAUUCUGUGUGAGGAUACCCACAAAUGCCCUGAUUGCAACGCUCACAUGCAUCCAUUUUGUGGAUUCGAUGCUGGGGUCGGUGAAGGUCAUGGUCAUGGCAGAUUAUGCAACACCUGCAAAGUAAAGAGAAUGACAAAUGGGCGCCGGCGACUACCAUUAGUGCCACCACCACCACCACCACCACCAUCACCACCACUACCACGUCCCAACAGAAGAACUGUUGCCACCGAAUUGAAUUUGCCAGAGUUGGCCGAAGCUCCAGCAGAGCAAGUUACCCGUCCACAUCCACAAUAUCAGUCUGCUUUCAUUGGUUUUAUGGACCACACAUUUGGGAGAAAGUUUAAGAAGAAUGCAACGUUCAAUCCUGUUGAAAUUAGGAGGUUAAUCAAGCCGCACCAUGUGAUAGAUUAUCUUCACAUGUUGACAUAUGAAAAGGUGGAUGAUGUGAACUACAAAGUUGACAAUCCCAAGAGAAGAUCAAAUGGCAUUCUUCAUAUUAAGAGUGCCAUCUCCCACUACAUGCCGGAUGACUUUCCUUGGAAUGGGGCAUCGGGCAAUCCUACGCGAUCCAAACCAGUCAACAAACUGAUUGAAGCUAUUAGGCAGGCAGAAAGAGAGAAGCGCGGAAAGAAAUCCCAGGCAAGGCGGGAGCUUCAUGAGGUCGAGUUCCGCAAAACCAUUGAACUUCUACAAUCUACGUUCAGCUUUAUCAAAAGCUGUUUGAUUGUCUGCAUGCUGGUGCUCCAAUUGCAUAUUGUUGCUCGGGGAUCUGAUGUGUCGCAGCUAUUCAUGAAUCAAAUUAAGCCCCAUUCAAAGCAUGACUUUGCAUUGGAAUUGACAGUUGAAUGGUCCAAGAAUGUUAAAGAUGAACGAGACUGCCCUCCUCAAAUUUUGUUGGGAGCAAUGGAUACUCAAUACUGUACCCAUUUGGCUUUGGCAAUCUAUUUGGAAGAGGCAAUUGCUCGAGGGAGAGCUUGUUCUGGUUUCGACAAGGCAUACCUCUUUACUGAUGAUUUCGAUCCAUCACCACCUGAAGGGCGAAACUGGGAACCUGAAGAACUGGAGAAAAACAGGAAGAAUUCACCGACAAAAAAGCUGUGCAGCCGAUAUCGCACUUGCCUGAAGUCAAUCUUUGAAAGUGAGGUUUUCCUAGCAAUCUCCAGUACCAUCGGUGGUUUGAUUGGGAGUCACAGCAUUCGAAAGUAUGCUGCCACUUUGGCAAAGCGCUUCGGUGUUAGUAUGCGGGAUGUUGAUGGUCGUGGAAGAUGGAAAGGCGACACUGCUACGAAGCACAAGGUUGCAGCUGGCCAUUAUGUAUCGCCCGAUCAACCUUUUAUUGAUGCUAAUGUUGCCAGAGUUCUUUGCCUUGAUAAUCCUGUUGCCUACCGCGUACAUGGCCAGGCUACCAAUGUUACUGACAACUGGCUCAAGGAAUACGUGCAACCACCGGCAAUGCCGCAGCAGCAGCAGCAACAAGCAGCUCCUCCAUCGCAAUGGCUCGAAGAUAUGGUUAUGAGAAUACACCAAAACCAACAAAGCCAUCUACAGCAACUCAACAUGUUUCAACAAAAUAUGACAAAUCUGUUUCAAAACCAACGGCAAUACAUGGAUGGCCGCUUUGAUAGGGUUGACCGGAAUCUUGCAACAAUUCAGGUACAACCACCGAGAAUGGCAUCACCUGGAAGACGGGCACAAAACUUUGCUUCUCUUGGGCUAGUAGAAAGGAGAGACAAUCAUGGAAGACGUAGAAGAGAACGUUUGACUACUGCAACUGACGAUCGUCCAGCCAAAAUCACGAAGAAUCUCAAAACAGUUGGAGACAUUUGGCAAGAGUGGUCUACCGGUAUUAAUGGUUGCAAGCCAGUCAAAGAUUGGAUCCCAGCAGAGCAAUCACUUCCUGGCAACAACACGUACUACAGGAGAAAGGGAUUGUAUUUUAUGUUGAACGAUUUGGUGGCCAAUCGUCUUAAUGCUGGUGCUGCAAUCAGCCUCGUCGAAAAGCUCUACCCCAGAGCAAAGAUCCUAGAAAUAUCUAGAGACCUCAAGAAGAGAAGGGAGAAAACAACCUCCAACAGGAGCUGA